AGCCCUCGCGCUUCCUUUUCCAGCAGCAGCGCCUGCGAACAUGGCGGACGUAGCGGCGGAGCAGCAGCUAGCGGACCAGAAAAGUGUCCGCGAGCUGGCCCUGAACGGCGAAGCGGAGGACAAAGAGGAGGCCGAGCCGGUGGGGGAGAGCGCGAAGAAGAAGAAGAAAAAGAAGAAGAAGAACAACAAGUCUGCCGCCGCCGGAGCCGAGGUGGAGGCCGAUGGCGUCGCAGAUGUGACCAAACAGCUGGAGAAGCAGGCGAUAGAAGACAAAGAGAAGGAGGAGGACGCAGAGGAAGAUGGAGACGACGGAGAGAACGCAGCAGGGAAGAAGAAGAAGAAGAAAAAGAAGAAGAAAGGAAGUAAAGGUCAGACCGAUCCGCCGUCGGUUCCCAUCUGUGAUUUGUAUCCCAACGGAACCUUUCCCAUCGGACAGGAGUGUGAAUACCCACCACUACAGGACGGUCGCAGUGCGGCGUGGCGUUCCACCCACGACGAGAAGCGAGCGCUGGACCGAGCCAACGAGGAAAUGUGGAACGACUUCAGGCAGGCGGCCGAGGCCCACAGACAAGUGCGCCAACACGUACGCGGCUUCAUGAAGCCUGGAAUGACCAUGAUCGAAAUCUGCGAGCGGUUGGAGGACUGCUCUCGGAAGCUGAUCAAGGAGAACGGCCUGAAUGCCGGCCUGGCUUUUCCCACCGGCUGCUCGCUCAACCACUGCGCUGCUCACUACACUCCCAACGCCGGCGACGCCACCGUCCUGCAGUACGACGACGUCUGCAAGAUCGACUUCGGCACGCACAUCAACGGGCGAAUCAUUGACUGUGCCUUCACUGUUACAUUUAACCCAAAGUAUGACAAACUGCUGGAGGCCGUGAAAGACGCCACCAAUACUGGAAUUAAAAACGCUGGCAUCGACGUGCGUCUGUGCGACGUCGGAGAAUCGAUUCAGGAGGUGAUGGAGUCGUACGAGGUCGAGCUGGAUGGCAAAACAUAUCAAGUGAAACCGAUCCGGAACCUGAACGGUCACUCGAUCGGUCAGUACAGGAUACACGCGGGGAAGACGGUGCCCAUCGUCAAAGGAGGAGAAGCCACGAGGAUGGAGGAGGGAGAAGUUUACGCCAUCGAGACGUUCGGCAGCACGGGUAAAGGCGUCGUCCACGACGACAUGGAGUGUUCGCACUACAUGAAGAACUUUGACGUCGGCCACGUCCCGAUAAGGCUCCCGAGAGCGAAGCACCUGCUCAACGUGAUCAACGAGAACUUCGGCACGCUGGCGUUCUGCCGCCGCUGGCUGGACCGCCUCGGCGAGAGCAAGUACCUGAUGGCGCUGAAGAACCUGUGCGACCUGGGCAUCGUGGACCCGUACCCGCCGCUCUGCGACACCCGGGGCUGCUACACGGCGCAGUUCGAGCACACCAUCCUGCUCAGACCCACCUGCAAGGAGGUGGUGAGCAGAGGAGACGACUACUGACAGCGCCCGCGACCCCCACCCGACGCCACCCUGCACCUCCCCCGACCCCGUUAGCUCCUCCUCCUCCAGCAGAAAACGGCUCGUGUGGUUGUGACGGACGCCAAAUGCUACUGGAUUGUACCUGAACGCACCACUCGCAGCUUUGAGAAGAAGACGUGGCUGUUCUCACGUCAACUACAGCUUAAGAAGCAUCGCAGAUUUCCUCCGACAUCCUGACGAGAGUUAACUGUUAAACAGAUGGUGAGGAAAUCCCAGACCCCACCCAUCUUUUUAUUUCCUAACUUCCUGAGGCUCCGCCCUGAACCUCCAGUUGCUUCAGUGCUCGAGUUAAAUUAAGCACAAGAAGCUCGUGACGAGGUUUUCAGACGUGGUCCGGCGUCCGUGCAUGGCCAGAAAUCUGCUAACAAACAAACAAAAA